GCAAAAGUCCGACGCAUCCCCUAACCUGUCAUUUUCUUCCGUUCUGAAUUUUUUCCUCCCAUUACCCCCGCGAAAAAAAAGAAAAAAGCACAGAGAGAGAGAGAGAGAGAGAGAGAGAGAGAGAGAGAGAACCGGGUGGAGAGGGUGCCGGUGCGUGCAAUCUCAUCGAUGCGCAAAGUUCUGAUGGAUGUAUUAGUGCUUGCAUUUUCCAUUGAGAUGGUUUCGAAUCUGCCAGAGUCGCAUGAGUUUGUGGAGCAGAUCGAUCACUGAUGCAUUGAGUUGGUCUGUUCUGGUUCAUUUAAUUGACAAUUCGGUCGGAAAUGAGCGCCGGGGAAGAAGAAGAAGUUGCGGUGGCUUCGUCGGGGUCGCCUCAGGCUCUGGAGUGGAAAUUCUCGCAGGUAUUUGGUGAACGGACGGCCGGGGAGGAAGUUCAGGAAGUUGAUAUUAUUUCAGCUAUUGAGUUCGAUAAAACUGGAGACCAUCUUGCGACUGGUGAUCGUGGGGGUCGAGUCGUUUUAUUUGAAAGAAUUGAUGCCAGGGAUCAGGGUGGGCAUAGAAGAGACUUGGAGAGAAGGGAUUAUUCAGUUAGUAGGCAUCCUGAGUUCCGUUACAAGACUGAGUUUCAGAGCCAUGAACCCGAGUUUGACUAUCUCAAGAGCUUAGAAAUUGAGGAGAAGAUCAACAAGAUUAGAUGGUGCCAGACAGCCAAUAGUGCCUUGUUUCUUCUCUCCACCAAUGACAAAACCAUUAAAUUUUGGAAGGUUCAAGAGAAGAAGGUCAAGAAAGUGUGUGACAUGAAUUUGGAACCUUCAGCAUCUUUGAGCAAUGGUUCUGUUGCAAGUUCAUGCACAUCAUCAAGCUCUAAGGCGUAUGUUGCGAACGGAGGGUGUAUUGAAAGACCCCUAAAUUAUUUGAGCAAUGACUUUUCAUUCCCAUUUGGAGGCAUCCCAUCCUUACAUUUGCCUGUGGUAGUUACAAGUCAGGAGACGAGCCUUGUGGCCAGAUGUCGAAGGAUAUAUGCUCAUGCUCAUGAUUAUCAUAUAAAUUCCAUUUCAAAUAACAGUGAUGGUGAAACUUUUAUCUCGGCUGAUGAUCUGCGAAUAAAUCUUUGGAACCUGGAAAUCAGCAAUCAAAGUUUCAAUAUAGUUGAUGUGAAGCCUGCAAACAUGGAGGAUCUAACUGAGGUGAUAACUUCCGCUGAAUUUCAUCCUAUACAUUGCAAUAUGCUAGCAUACAGUAGCUCAAAGGGCUCAAUACGCCUAAUUGAUCUGCGACAAUCUGCUUUAUGUGACUCUCAUUGCAAAUUGUUUGAGGAACAGGAGGUUGCUGGUUCAAGAUCAUUCUUCACAGAGAUAAUUGCCUCAAUUUCAGAUAUUAAGUUCGCAAAGGAUGGAAGACACAUACUUAGUCGAGAUUACAUGACUCUUAAGCUGUGGGACAUUAAUAUGGAUUCUGGCCCGGUUGCAACUUUCCAGGUUCAUGAGUACUUAAGACCUAAGCUGUGUGAUUUAUAUGAAAAUGAUUCGAUCUUUGAUAAGUUCGAGUGUUGUCUGAGUGGAGAUGGGCUGCGAGUGGGGACUGGUUCCUACAGCAAUCUCUUUCGUGUGUUUGGUUGUUCUGAGGGAAGUACAGAAGCAACAACUUUGGAAGCCAGCAAAAAUCCCAUGAGGAGACAAAUCCCGACCCCGUCAAGGCCAUCAAGAUCCUUGAGUUCACUUUCCCGUGUUGUCAGGCGAGGGGCAGAUAAUUCUGGAGUUGAUACAAAUGGAAAUGCUUUCGAUUUCUCAACAAAGUUGCUUCAUCUAGCAUGGCAUCCAGCUGAAAAUGCACUUGCCUGUGCUGCAUCAAACAGCCUGUACAUGUAUUAUGCAUGAAGAUGGUCAAUGAUUUUAUUAUAGCCUGGCAAGGAUCUUGUGGUUGAUUUUGGCUAUAAGGCUGCCUUGCCUUGACAACCAUGACGUAAAGAGCUGCAUCAGUUAUCUGAACAUUGGGCAAUUCAUUAGGGCUGUAGCAUUUCCUAAAAAAUCAGGGUGUUGCAGAUUUCUCAAGCUCGUAAUUUGCCUUUUUGCUUGCAGACGGGCAGCGCAUUUCUGAUUAUGUUCUUUCGUAAGAAAAGAUGCAGUUCGGUCCUAAUUGUGUUUUGUUUAGGUGGGAGAUAUUGUGAUUGUAGCUCUCCUACAAACCCAAACAAAGACUGCACACUUCACCAGUGCUGCUAGCUUUAAAGUCAAUUGGGUCUUUAAUCAAAAAUCCAGUGUGGAAGGAGCUGUUCAUCAAAUCUCAUUGUUGCCUCGGCGUUGAUAUUGUAUUAUUGACCCCAACAUUUUGAGGGCUUGUAAAAUUUCAUCUUUAUUAUUGCCAUCUUUCUUUCCCAGUCUUCCUUUCACAGCAUUUGUGAGGUUGAUAUGAUCUCCUUGGGAAUUGAAAUACAAGGCUCAACUCUUUUUUCUGUUCA